AUUUUUGCAAUUAACAUUAUUUAUUUUCAUUUUUCCGGUUACGUUCAAAUUUGAACUACGAGUCAGUGAAAUAGUUGGAAAAAAAUAUCCAAAAAAUGAUAUUUAUGUUACCCAACCCUGUCUGAGAACACACAUUCGAAACGGAAAUGACUUUUGAAUGCCGUGGUUAGGAGACACGACGAGCCCAAUCCCAAGCCCAAGCCAGCUUCCAAAACGCAACAGGUGCCACGACGAACAGGAAAGCAACCAGCUUCCAAAAACCAACAGGUGGCAGGACAACAAAUUCGACAACAAAUUGGAUUUCUGUCUAUGGAAGAUCUGCUCAAUGAAUGUGAGGUUGAUGAGGAUAGUAGGGGUGCUCUUUUGGGACAAUUAAACAAGAGGAUGGAGUAUGGUGAAGCCAUGGCAGAGGAAACUCUUCAAAAAAUAAGGGACGAAACUAAUGAACAUUUAAAGUUCAUUGUUGCAGAACAUUCAAAAUGGUCUCGGCUGUAUAAUGAGAUCAAAUACAAGGCCCAAAUUGAAGACAGUAAAACAAGAAAACAGAUGGCUAAAACUGUUGUAGUGCAAAUACAUGACAUUCAGAUGAAGGAGUUACAGUUUGUGCAGACUUUCAAACCGGGUGGUCACUUCUGCGAUGAUGUCCUGGAAAUUUUCAGGUUAAUUUGGAAGGAAUCAUGGAAACCUGACACGAUUAUGCUUUCUAGGGGUGCUGUGGACCAAUUGUUAGGGGUGGAUAAUAGAUCUGGUUUUCUUGAAAGAGAAUUCAAAGACUGUACCAUAGCGGAAAUAAAAACGAUUUUUGUCCCAUUCAUUUCAUCAGACCACUGCUCCUUGGUUGUGGUGGAACCAGAUAUACGUCUUAUAACUGUACUUGAUUCCUUGUUUGACUUGGAGGAAUCAACAAAACGUCAUGAAAGACUGAUAAGCGCACUGAAAAGCUAUCUUUCUUCACUAGGCCUAGAAUGUACUGACUUCUUAUCUUCAACACCACGUGUUCAGAAGCAAAAAAACCUUGAUGAUUGUGGUUUUCAUAUGCUUCUGUUCAUAAUGAGAUAUAAGAGUGGAAACUACAAGAACAUUGAUGAGGACGAAAUCCUCAUUUGCCGCCAACACACUGCAUGGUUCCUCCUUGAGCACGAAGAUAACGUGUUGAGGGGCACAUUUACAAAGGGGCAUUCAAAAAGGAGGUUGGAAGAUAAAGAUAGAGGAGAGAACAAGAAGCAAAAGGUUCACCAAAAGGAAAAGAAUCAAGAGGCAGAAAAAUCAAAUGAGGAUCAGGAUCAGGAUCAGCAGGGCGAGGUCAGUGAUCAGGAUCCUGAUCAGGAUCAGGAUCAGGAUCAGCAGGGCAAGGGCAAUGAUGGGAAAAAGGAGACUACGAAAAAAGGCAAUUCAAAGAAGAAGAACAAGUCGUUGGAUGGAAGAAGUGUCAAAGAUGCAUUGCUUGCUCCGAUAAGGAAAGUUGAGGUAGUCAAAGGAGGCUGCUCAGUCGUCUCCCCUUUCACGAAAAAUGAUACUUGGACCCAGAAUCUGGGUGAUGAAGAAUUGCGAUUGCAACUCUGGAAGAAGAUAGUUUUGAAUGACGAGUUCAAGAGUGUUACUCUCAUGAGGCUUCAUAAGGUCACUAGAGUGACUGAUGGAUGGCAUUUAUCGGGACAUGAUAUUUCAAAAAGCUUUGGGGCGAAAUCUUGUUGUCAAGACAUAUUGGUGUCGUUUUUUAUACAGUGUCUCCUUGCUGAUGAAGUUUCUCAUGGAGAUGAUACUGUGGGCUACAGAAUCUUCCUGGAUCCUAAAAUUAGUGAAUUGCUGUUGGCUUCCAAGGAUGCAUUUAAUAUUAAUUCAGUUGUUGAAGAACUCAAGCUACAAUACACUGAUCAGCAAAUUUUGAAAGCGAGGCAUAUAUUAUUGCCCGUCUGCCAUGAUUCGCACUGGACAGUAUAUGUUAUCAACAAAAACUUUGGACAAAUCGAUAUAUUGGACUCCUCAUGGGCUACGGUGGAGGUGAAGCGCAAAAAUCACAGAACUAUCGCGGGGGUUAUAAGGUCGAAGUUGAGUGAUGCUAUUUUGUUGAUCACUGAUAAACACCCCAAAUUCUCAGAAUGGAGCAUGCCAAUUAUACCUGCUUCUUCUAUCGCUUAG